CUGAAUGAAAGCCCACUUGUGAUUCGUCCUGAGCAGACCGAACCUCAGAGGCGGGAGUAGGACCGAGGCUGAUUGGGAAUCGGGUCGGGGACCUGGAGAGCCCGGUGAGGGGCUGAGGAUGGCCGACAUGGUGCUGGGAGUGGGUGCUGGCGUGUUCGUCCUCGCCCUGCUGUGGGUGUUGGUUCUGCUACUGUGUGUGCUAUUGUCCAGAGCCUCCGGGAUAGCUAGGUUCUCUAUCACUUUUGUCUUGCUUGGUGCUCUGAUCAUCACAUCAGUUCUACUGCUUUUCCCACGAGCCAGUGAAUUCCCAGAGCCAGAGGGUGAAAUGAAGAUCGUGGAUGGCUUUUUCAUUGGCCGCUAUGUCCUGCUGGCUCUCCUCAGUGCUAUCUUUCUUGGAGGCCUCUUCUUGGUUCUUACUCAUCAUUUAUUGGAGCCAAUCUAUGCAAAACCACUGCGAUCCCGCUGAGCACUGCUCCAGAAACACCAGACCUUCUUCGCUCCUUCACUUUGACAUCAAGGAUAAGCGGUGGGCAGGCGGGGGUCUUCAGAGUCUCGUUUUGAUGCCUUCAUGUCUUCAGAUUGAGGAGGAUCCAUUUAUCACUGAACCCUGGCUUCCAGAAACCAUGGCCAAAUAGACUGAGCAUAGAUUGUGUUCUUAGUAGCUUUUCUCCAGGUUCUCCAUUUGUUUUGAAUGGUAUGUAGUAAUGGUGAUAUUCUUGGAGGAGAUUCCCAGUCAAGACAUUACUAGGGGAUUUGGAGAAAAGGAGUUUUGAGUUGUGUUGUCCAACAGAAGAACCUGGUCCUUUUUGGUAAUAUGUAAAAUUUUUACUUGUGAGUUUGGAAUCAUUUGAAAGGAAAGAUACACAACCAUAAAAGUUUGCUUUAAGUGA